CUGAUUAUGUAAUCUGAGCUACCUUCGGCCUCGCGCUGCCAUGAGAAGCGUCUGCGCUCCUGGAGGGACGCUUGCUAGCCCUCCCCUCUCUCUUCGACGCGCUGGAGCGUGAGAAAUAAUGUAGUCGGAACUUGAAGUUUGCGAGACAAGUUUACCCCAGAGAAGAAUGGCAGAUCCAACGAUUCAGACAUUUUGUUGUCAUUGGCCGAAUAUAACUUACAGUUCGGUCAAGAUAAUGCGUGAAUUUAAUUCUACUUCUUACAAUAUCGUGUGUGUAAUAUCGUCAUUUAUCGGAAUUUUAGGGGCUCUUUAUCAGGUGCUUCCAAAAACUAGUGCUAAAAUACCACAUCGCUGGCAGACCUUUUCAGCACUUCGUGGGCGUCAGAUAGUUAUAUGGCUAGCAAUAGCUGAUUUUCUAGCUUCCAUAGGGGUUUUUACAAGAUCAACGUUAUGGCUUAACUUACAAAGUAUAGUGGAAGAAUCUGAUGAUACUUCAAAUGUUCUUAUUUGUGCCAUUACUUCAGCAUGGAUUCAAUAUUUUUACACUGCAACCUGGUUGUGGACUCUGUGCUAUGCUAUUGAUAUGAGACUUGUUCUUAAAGAAAAAGAAGGACAUCCAACUUUUUAUCAUGUUGUAGCAUGGACUGUACCUGCCAUUUUAACAUCUCUUGGUUUGUUGGUUCUUUAUUUUCCAGAUGCAAAUUGCCACAACUUGAACUCUCUUUCAAGUGCACUGUUUCACAUACUUCCAAAUUACUUCGCUACAUAUCUUCCAAUUGCUGUGGUUAUGAUAGCAAAUCCAGUUCUCUAUAUGAGCUCAUCACAAGAUGUAGAACGUUUGAUAUCUAUGAGCUUCAAUCAGUUCACCAGCAAAGAGCGAGAAUUAGUGGAUGCCAUUAAAUUGAAGUUUUGUCUAAUUAAUUUUGUUUUCUAUUUCUGUUGGUUGCCAAAUAUACUCAAUGGCAUUCUCCUAUGGACUUUAUGGUUUAAUCUCCCAGAAAGUAUUAUAAUUGGGUUGUGGUAUGUAAUGGCUGUAACAAAUCCUCUACAAGCUCUCUGCAACAGUCUCGUAUACAGACGCUGGUCAGGGACUGCUGACAAACUGUAUAUACCAUGCCGUAGGCAGAUUUCAACCACUGUACUUCCAGAAUCUGAUGACAGCCCUCCAGUAGAUCCCUGGCCAAAUAGUCCAGAAGUGCAUGAAAGGACACCCCUCCUUCAGAGUCAUGAAUACAAUGCCACAACUUCAAGGAGUGUCAACGGAGUAGAUCCAGUUGUUAAUUAGAAUAAAUAUAAUAAAUAUAUAAAAGAAAAAUCAAGAGUACAUUUUCACUUUGCAUAUUUGAAACACUAGUCAUUUCCUUCAAAUAUAUUAGUUUCAAAUAGAAAAAGUCAUUUAUUUAUGUAAUAACAGUAACAUUCAGGAGAACAUUUUAUAAGGGGAUGAAAUUUAAAUAAAUCAGAAAUAUCAAAUGUGCUGUGCAAAUAACUGAAGGUAUCUUUGAGGUCCAGGAACAUCUUCAAAAUAGAUCUUGAGUUUGAAUCUCAAACGAAUUGAACCUCAAGGACAAAAUCAAUUUUCUGUUAUGUAUUUAAACCAUACAUUUUGUACAAAUUUUGAAGGUUUUUAUAACUCUGUUUUUAUAGUAAAUAAAACUUGCUAUGAUUAAUUUAAUUUGAUUUCCACUGACAGAGUGUCAAAAAUGCCUUUCCUUUCAUUACUUUGUCAAUGCCUCUUCUAGGCUCUGAUAAUUUAAAAAAAAAAAAGAUGAAAUUCAAUUUGUUGCUUCCAAUGUUCUUGAGAGUAGUUCCUUA